AUGAAUAACGCUGAAAAAGUUGAAUUGGUUUUAAUUUAUGGCGAAUGUCAACGUAAUGUACGCCUAGCUGCUAUGACGUAUGCCGAACGAUACCCAGAAAGGUACCAUCCACCUUAUAAUUAUGUUUUACGACUUUUACAAGGGUUAAAAGAGGAAGGAAGAUUUCCUGGCAGACAAAUAAUUCAACAAAGGCGUAGAGCAAAUAUGUUUGAUGACGAUACGGAAUUACAGGUACUAGCAUACAUAAGAGCUAAUCCACGUUCGUCAAUUAGGCAUGUUGCUCGCGAAAUUGAAGUUUCAUAUGGUUAUGUUCAAAAAAUUCUAAAAAAACACAAAAUGCACUCAUAUAAAAUCGAUUUUGUCCAACAUUUGCGUGCAGGAGAUUCUAUUCGUAGGUUGGAAUUUAUAGCUUGGUUCAAUAUUAAAUUGUAUAAUAACCCUUUAAUUGUCAAUUAUAUUCUUUGGAGUGAUGAAUCAAAAUUCACUAACAAUGGCAUUAUGAAUAAACAAAAUCAUCGAUGCUAG